AUGAAUAUGAAUUCAUCGACAAUGUCCCCUGGUGGAAUGACAACGAAGAUGUGGCAAUGGUAUCAUAUUGAAUUAAACGAUGUUAUACUUUUUGAGGGAUGGAAAGUUCGAGAUUCUGGAACAAUGGUUUGGAGUUGUUUUGUUGUUGGAUUUGCUGGAGUUCUCCUUGAAUUUUUGAAAUAUUCCAGUUGGAUGACAUCUGAAAAAAUGACUUCAGAUAUGGCUGAUGUGGAUCGACGAACCAAGUACGGUGGAAUUGUAGUGCCUAGCAAAAUCAAAAUGAAGAUGUCCGGACCGCCGUUCAUGCAUAUGUGGUUUCACACGAAACCAGAGGAUACUGUACUUUUCAAAACAUGGAAUGUAACAGAUGCUGGGACAAUGGCAUGGGUAUGUGCAAUAGUAGUCGUGGCUGGAAUCUUUCUGGAAGCAAUGAAAUAUAUGAGAUGGAAAAUAGAAAAAUGGCAGAAAAAGAAAGAAGAAGUAGUUAGCAGAGGAUAUUUCUCCCGACUAUUCGAUCCAAUCCACAUGGCACAAUCGAUUCUUUUCAUGAUUCAAUUGAGUUUCAGUUAUAUUCUAAUGCUCUUAUUUAUGACAUUUUCUGUUUGGUUGGGAAUUGCAGUUGUUGUUGGAUUAGGAAUCGGUUAUCUUAUUUUCGGAUCGAGAACUCUCAGUUCUGGAUGA